GGUCAGAUGUUACAACAUACAUGACUCAUUAAAUGUGUCAACAUUGAUAUUUUCUGUCGCAUCUCAUACAACUCAAUUAUAUAAACAUUCCAAAUAAAAUACCUGUAGUAGAGAAUAUCAAUAUAUUUUGCUAAUAAUAUGGUGAUGGCAGGGAACGAAAGCACACCUGGAUCUUUGGCAGAAGAUUCAUUAUCCACAAGAUUACAAUGGCUUCGUCAACGUAGGGAAGCAUUGCAAGAGAAGUUAGCUCAAAAAAAUAAUGAACUUAAAAAUCUGUGUGUAGAGGAAGCAGAAUUAACUGGCGUUUUGCCACCAGAAAUUCCAUUAGAACCAGGAGAGAGUCCGCCAGCAUUCCGUAAAAGAGUUGGAACAGCAUUUACAUAUCCACAGAAUUUAAUCAAUAAAUUGAAAACGAAUGAAGUUGAGGAAUCUGCUUUAGAAUUAGAACGACAAGUUCAAAUUGGUAUAGUAGAAGCUGCUUUAGGAAUUGUAAAUGACCCUACAGAAAGCAAAGCGGUACGCCGUAAGCAUAGACUUGUUUACCAACAAAGCCAACGCAGGCUACAAGAAUUAGAAGCACGUUUAAAUUUCCUAAGACAAAGUCGUAAUAAAACUCAUCAUUCAACUCCAACACAAUUCCAACAUUCUAGUAUUUGUAAUGCCCAACCACAUUUACAUGCAAAUGUAAAGCACAGAACAAAGAAACCUCGACCACCGUUAGAUGGCACAGUAAAUGAUGUAAAUUCAAAAACUACAAGAGGAUUGCUUCAAGAAGGUGGUAUAAGCUUAAGUCCGUUAGGAUCAGAAGAGAAGUGUAGCACUUAUCCUAAUCAUGGAUAUGAUGAUCAGUCAAUAAUUCCUAGCACUUGUAAUCACAAUCACAUUGGUACUUAUUGCCCUACAAUUUCUGAUCAGCGACAAGGUAUCAAAAUAAUAGAACAUGAUCAUAACGAUAAUCAAAAUGUUUAUAUAUUAUCCGAUCAAUGUCGCACGCGAACGUAUUCUCACGGUAGUGGUAGUUCGCGUAAUCAAAAUCACUAUCAAGAUAGCGAACGGAUGUACCGACCACUACCAAAUGCGUAUGCCGAAGACGAACGACAAAUAAGAUACCGCCAAUUUCAACCAGAACAAGUGCAUAAUCAUCAACAAUAUUCUGACUAUAAGCAUUUAGAUAAUGACGUCCAGCGAAGAUCUGGACAGGAAUAUUAUGAAAGAGACUUUCGUACAUUACAUUAUACGCAUAUACCUGAGUUUCCGAUAUAUCAUAAAAAUUCACAACCACAACCCGUACUAAGACGAGACCGCGACAGCGGCACAAAUAAAAAUUUGCGAUAUACAGAUUCACCAAGCGAGUCACAAUUACCAUCAGGCUAUUGGAUGCGAUAUGAAGACGAAAUUGUUUGGUGCACAGAUGAUCAACUUGCUUCAGAUAGAUUUGGUAGUUUAGAUCGAAGGAAACGCAAUGCCGUACAACAUACGAGUGGUAUUGGGACCGACAUACAACCACGAUAUCGCACAGUAUCCGUAGGUUGCAAUAAAAGUCCUUCUUACAUCGCAUCUCAUCAAAAUGCUUCUGUUCAUUUACUUCCAUUAUCUGAACAACCGUCAACUAACAAUAAAAUGUUACUACGUACGCAAUCUUUAGGAAGCGUCGAAAAAUGGCAUUCGAAUCAUUUACAUGAACUGCACGAUGGCAAGGAUACAACGGAUAAUAUUAGUAGAAAAGGAAGAGAAAAAGAAUGGUAUGAAACCUCUUUGGAUUCAGGUACAAGUCCAGGAUCAGAUGUUAAUUUAAUAUCUUCCCAUAAAAAUAUCCACUAUCAGUCUACUCUUCCUGUGUGCCCUAAAUCAUCCACUAAUAGUAAUGGCGAAGAUGGGAAAAGUAAUUAUAUUCCUUCUGUAAAUCAUCGUAAAAGUGAUAUACUAACGAUUGAAACUGAUCAACAUUUACAACCAUUAUCAUCUCGUUACGAGCCGACACGAAAAAAGGUACUUGAAAUUCCAGCCGAAUCGAAAUCACCUCAAGAAACAAACGAAGAAACAAUUAUGUUAGGAUCUUCUCAGAAUUGUACAAUUGUACAAGCUGGAAAAUAUCAACCAUACAGAGAAGUUACAAAACCUUUUGAAAUGUCUGACUUUUACAAAUAUUCCACCAAGUUUCGUAAAAGGAACGAAAUAAAUGGACAGAAUGUUUCAAGUGAAACACAAAAUGAUUCUCGAGGGUCGCACUAUGUCGGAACAACCGAUCUCGGAGAAUCUGAAUCUUCGAAUACGAUUCACAAUGGAUCAAUUGCUGGUUCAGUUCAAAAAAGAAUUUAUCAGCCUGUUCAAAGAAUGACGUGUCAACCUUAUCUCACAUCAUUAAGAUAACUUUUGACUAUAGAUGAAGUAGGAAUAAUCUAACAGAAUGAUGUGGAAGAGACAAGAUAGGCUGGACCUGUCUAAACAAAUAUUCAAAAUUCACUUUCAAUUUGUAACAGAUUUAGGAAUGGUAUACUGAUUGCAGUAAUUUUUGCCUUAAUAUCGCAUUACAAUUUGAUAAAUCCUAUAACCUUCUGCGUUACAAUGCUGCCAAUCGACUGCAUUAAAAUUAAUAUGGAGACCUGAAAAGUGCCUUAUUUUAACAAAAAAUUGUUGUUGAAAUCGUACGAAAUUUUACGAUUACAUUAUUUAUAAUAUUAACAUACGCAAGAUCUUCUGAGAUUUUUGAACAUCAUAUAUAUAUAUAUAUAUAUAUAUAUCUAA